AUGUCACCCAGUCUGAACCCUAGUUCUCAAACCCGUCACCCUCUCGAACCCGUCACCCAUUCCGUCCUUGCCGUCAAGCUCAGCCUCUCGUCGCUGCAUCACUUUUUCGCUCGCCUCACUCAAUCUCGCGGCGUCACCGUUUCCCUCACUCUCAGCUUCGCCGUCUCACUGUUGUCUGUGGAAGCAAUGGCUGUUGGUAGAUCAUUUGCUUCAAUUAAGGGAUACCAUCUUGAUGGGAACAAAGAAAUGUUAGCAAUGGGUUGUAUGAACAUUGCAGGAUCUUUCACUUCAUGUUAUGUUGUAACUGGUUCAUUUUCAAGGACUGCAGUAAAUUUCAGUGCAAGAAGUCAAUCAUCAAUAUCAAAUAUUGUGAUGGCAGUAACAGUGAUUCUGUGCUUGGAGUUGUUUACAAGACUCUUAUAUUAUACACCUAUGGCUAUACUUGCUUCUAUAAUCCUUUCUGCAUUUCCAAGAUUAAUUGACAUAAGAGAAGCUUGUUAGAUUUGGAAGGUUGACAAAGUUGACUUUCUUGCUUGCAUUGGUGCUUUCUUUGGUGUCUUGUUAGAUCGGCAG